AAAAUCUGAGCAGGAAAGUGAUGCUCAUGACAUAGACUUUGGGCAGCGGAGACCAGGACUUCUGGAUCAGCACUGUCCAGUUAAUGAGAGGAAGGUAGUGCCUAUCGGCUGUCCUACCAGGAAUGAAAAUGACUUAUUUCUGGACCUCAUCAUGCUGCAGAAGACGGUUGCUGACAAAGAGUCGGAUGCUAACUGCUGGAGCAGAGUUCUCUAGACAGUAGAGCAAUCUCAGAGGGAGAAGACAGAGGCCCAACUCUGUCUGCUUGCCAGGCAGAAAAGAUACCUUAAAGAACAUGGAUUGAAUGAUGAAGUUAUCCAAAUGCAAAUGGAUCAUAUCAGACUCAAAUUUGAGCAAAAACAGGAUUCAAUCAGAAGUUAUGGAAAACACAUCCAGUCAUCCAGUCGUGAUAGAGAGUUGUUCUGCCAAAUGGUUCAACACAUAGAGACCACUAUGACCACUACAUCCCGCCUGCAGGAGAAAUUGCAAUCUCUUGGCAAGGAAUGUAUUCUGGCUUCAAAGUUGGAUGUGACUAAGGCUGAUAAUGAGAGCUAUGGUCUUAAGGACCUGGUUAAAUCCAGUGGCUCUCAUCUGGAGAGAGUUGUUGGUCAACCUAAGAAGGUAACCAUGGACCUGAGUAAGGGCAAGGAGGUGCAGCUCUGUCAUGACAGCACAUUGAGAAGAUCAUCUAUGAGGAGUAGCUCAGCCCAGACAUCAACAGGAUUGUUUUCAUUUGAGGGUUGUGACACAGAGAUGUGCACAAAAAUCCAUAAUGAUUAUGUCAAAACAUUCAGAGAGGCAGCUGAGCAGUCCAACGAUAUUCUCACUGAGACAAAUCCUCCACUGAGCGCAGCUGGAGAGGAAGGGAGCCACAUAGAGACAAAGGGUUUGAUGCAUGACCCUGUGGAUAUGUCUGGGCUACUGAAGUACCCGGGCGAUCAAGAGAGAAUGGAUACACCACAGCUUUUGCCUGCUCCUGAAGCAGUCACAUCUACUCCAACCUAUCAGCAUGAAGACAUUGCCGCUUCUAAUGAAAGUAAAGAUGCUCUUGAGCAUCUUGAGAGAGCUGACAUUGGCACCAAAAUUGAGAUUAUGGAGACAUCUGGACUGCUUUCAAAUGAAGCUGAACCAUAUUCAGAAGCCAUACUGGAUGCUGACAUACAUAGUGAGAUGAAAGCCCAUGCAAUGAAACUGGAGGUCACAGAGCCGUCCCCCGCCACAGAGCAACUGGAGUCUCACCAGGAGAACACCGAGAUGCACUUGCAGCAUGCAGUUAACUGCACUUUGGUCAAAACUGAAGAUGUUCUUAAACUCUCUGAGACCAAUGACGCUGCCAAGGCAUCUGCUCUUUUGGAGGUGGAGGUCUCCACACUGCUGUCACUUGGUGCAAGACUGUCCUCUCCAGUCCUCCGGGAUCAUAAAGAAAUGUCUACAGCUAAAUACAGAGGCUGCUCCUGUAUUGGGAAUAACAUGCGCCAUACUGACACUGGCCUUGAUGCUCCUGAGGAUGUUCCUUUGAAUAACACACCAAAGGAGACAAAUGCACUGUCUGGUUGCCUUAAGGACUGUACUCAACAGAACAGCAGGGUUGUGACCUCAGAAGUGUCUUCAUUGGAGGGCACUUCCUCUCAGCAUAAGACAGGCAUUCGUGAUGGCAAGAUUCUGAAGAGCCAAGAUGCUGCUAAAAAGGCCUCACAUUCAGGCAGUAAAAUAAGUGCAGAAGUAAAAGCCCCUGCUAUCCUAUCCCUGUCAACUCUCAGCCAACUCCUACACAGUGCCUCACAAAAACUGCUGUAUGGGAACCUCAAACAGAGUAAUAAGUAUUUAAGCCAGGAGGAGUUUGAGGAUCGUCUCAAGGAGUUCAAGACUGCUACACCUGAUAGCAAAUGUGACAUGAUGGAGGAAGGCUUGCUACCUGAUUCUUGGCAUCCAUCAGCUGUACCGAUCCACGAACAAUACUGUGAAAUGGUGUAUGAGACUCAUAAUUUUGGAGACUCCAAUGAACCUCAGAUGAAUGGUAAACAUGAGGAUCAGGGAAAAACUGGACAGCCACUGGCACAGCAGAACAAACAGCAGGAACAAGCCAAUGCAGGCAAACAUGCCUCAUUCUGCAGUGCCAAGCCAGCAAAAUGUGCCCCAUCUUAA